AUCUGGUUGUGUAAGGUCGACAUGGCAGCUUCCUAUAUCAGAGUGAGGAGAGUUUGUGCUCGGCUUGUGGCUUGCAAUGGACAAGCCCUCGCACUACAGCCUGGCAGCAGGUUCUACGGGCAAGGCAGAGGUUUGCAGAAGUUACCAGGAGGUCUGAAAGUUGGUAAAACUGCCCUGAGUGUUGCAUUUGUGCUGGGUGGGACCUUGGGAUUGUACCACACGGUCAGGCACUGCCUGAAGCAAGAGCUGCACCGUGCUCAGCAGCAAUACCCGAAGCAGGAGCCCAGUUCUGGCCUCUCACUCACUCUAUACCAGUAUAAGACUUGUCCAUUCUGCAGCAAAGUUCGAGCGUUCCUUGAUUUCCACUCGCUGCCCUAUGAGAUUGUAGAAGUCAACCCGGUCUUGCGCAAGGAGAUCAAAUUUUCCAACUACCGAAAGGUUCCGAUUUUAAUCGGGGAUGAUGGAGAGAAAGUGCAAAUCAAUGAUUCCUCAGUUAUCAUCAGUGCUGUAAAGACAUAUUUACUUUCAAGGCACAGAAACCUAACUCGGGUGAUAUCGUACUAUCCAGAGAUGAAAUCCAAAAAUGAGAAGGGGAAGGAGGUGGUUGAAUAUAACAACAAGUAUUGGGUGAUGCUGGAGGAACAGGAUGAAAAUCAAUUCUAUCCCACCAAGGAGGCCAGGAAGGAGGAAAUGAAAUGGCGCAAAUGGGUAGAUGACUGGCUGGUUCAUCUCAUUUCACCCAAUGUCUACCGCACGCCUGGAGAAGCCCUGGAUUCUUUUGACUACAUUGUGCGGGAGGGAAAAUUCGGACCUUUUGAAGGAUUUUUCGCCAAGUAUUUUGGAGCAGCAGCCAUGUUUUUUGUCAGCAAGAGGCUUAAAUCUAGACAUCACCUUCACGAUGACGUCCGGCAGGAUCUGUACAAGGCAGUUGAUCAGUGGGUGGCUGCCGUGGGCAAGCACAGGCCAUUCAUGGGUGGAGAGUUGCCCAACCUUGCUGACCUGGCGGUCUAUGGUGUACUUCGAGUAAUGGAAGGUUUGAAGGCAUUUGAUGACAUGAUGGAAAACACCAAGAUCAAGGCAUGGUAUAAACGAAUGGAGAAAAAUAUCCAGAACAGUCAAGCAGUAAAUUGCUGCAGUAACCACUGAGAAAAUCAUGAAAUUCCAGUUGCAUUUUACUGCUGUUAACAGUUCCAGAUGGGUGAUAGGACCUGAUUUUUAACAGAGUGCUGUGAGAUGUGUGGACAGAAGAAACUAUGCUUUAAGAACUGCAACCACCUAACACUCAUCCUCAGUUAAUCAAUGAUAUGCUUCAACUGUAACAGAAACAUUUAAUACAAUGUUACAUUUAGAGUUUAAAUAUUGCUUGAACCUAGAACCAGGGGUCGGCCUGAUACCAGAGCAGAAAUUGGUGAGUGGAAUCUUCUUCUGCUUUACUUCAAACUCCAGUUGCAGUGUCUUAGUGGAUUUAUAGGAUUUCACAUUGAUGACAGGGCAAAACUACUUAGCACCAAUGCUGCAAAGUGUAAAUGAAACUGAAAAGGCAACUUAAAUAAAGACUUGUAGAAAUAAUAAAAGCAGAAAACAUUAUCAAUUAAGCAGUGCGGUGUCUGUGAGAAUUGAGGUGAAAAGCAUUGGUAAAAACUACAUAUGUCAAAGAAAUACAAGACCCGCUGGUCAGGCACAGCAAAUUCCACAGACAUAUCAGAUAUUAUUAAUGAUUCAGGUUUUAAAAAAAAAAGCUAAAUCUGAAUUGAUAAAAAUGAGCAGCAUUGGAACCGGAGCAAAACAAGAAGGAAACACGCUUAAAUGUGAAUAAUAGAAUAUCCAUUUUCCCCCUUCCCUUUUUGUUAGGAUUUGAUUUAAAUGAUCAUCUCUCAAUUCUGUUGAAGCGUUACUUCUAAAAUAAUAAUUUAUGAAUAAGAGAGUUGUUUGUGUUCCUGGCCAGCAUUUUUCCUCAGACAAUAGAAACACUGAGGAUAUAUUACUCUGGUCAUCUUCACAAUGCUGUAAUGUGAGAACUUGUGAGUAAAUUGACUGUAGCAUUUCCAAUGUUACAAUGACUACAUUCAAUAUAUGCGUGCUCACCUACUUCUAACUUUUUUACAAAUCCGCCAUUGGCAGUCAUAGCUGUCCCAUUUCCUGUGUUACAAAAGUGACUACAUUUCGAAAGUAUUUUGGCUGUAAAGAGCUUUGGAAUGUCCCCAGAGAGCUGCAAGGUGCAGUGUAAAUCUUGCGCUCUUUUAUAAAAGCCCACCUGGAGUCAUCCUGAUGUUAUUUGCUGUAAAAUUACUGAGGAAGAUGUCAUUACAUUUGCGGCUGUUUGUAAAUUCUGGCUGCGACAGAGAGAAACACACAGUUGUCGAGGUAUGAAAAGUCAACAGGAAAUGACUGACCACCAAGUACAAUACACACAGUGCUAGAUGGACGGUGGAUUGAUUUCUGUUUUGUCUGCAUCACAGUCAUUUGACAGGUUAUACAGAAGUUGAAGAUCUGAUGUGUUUAAUAGACUUAAGAUGUCUUCCCCAAUUUGUGUUUCUCUUUUACUUCCCUUUUUGUAAAUUAUUUUGGCAUGUUUGCUGAAGAUGUACCCGUUUCACUUCACAGUAGCAAGUGGAGAUGAAUUUAUUGUUUUGAGGGAGCGCAAGUGCAUCAGAAUCCGACAGGAUGUAUUUGAGAACCCUUUUUUUUGGUCUUAAAUGUUCCUUCCUCACAGGAGUUUGUGAAAUGGAAUUUCUUCAAAUGAAUCUUGGCAGGGUCUUAGAGGUUAGAGGGGUAGCCAGGCUACAGAUCUGUAUCUGGCUGAUGUAAGUAGUAUUUAAUAAAAAGCAUUAAGAAUUUUAA